AUGGCAAUUACCAGAAAAUCAAAGGCAGUGGUUGAAGCAUCCUCACAACCCACUCAAGAUGGCCUUCAGAAGCAAAAACUCGAAGAAGCCCAGAAGAUUCUGGCAACUGAGAAUGUAGUUACAUGCACCAAGAGGUUUGAUGAACUAGUCGUUUACCACGAAUCAAGAGUCGACUUUGAAAGCUUGGCUGCUCAUGGGUUCGACAUCCGUGCCCAAGUUGAAAAGCAAGGAUGGUCAAGCUACUUCGAAAGGCUAAAUGGUCCUGUCUAUUCCAAGUUGGUGGUAGAAUUCUGGAAACAUGCGGUUUGCAACGAUUACUAUGUUGUCUCCCAUGUUCUGAACAGGAAAAUAAUCAUAUCUGAGGAGUCAAUCGCUAAGUUGCUGGGCAUGGAAUUUCAGCAGGGCAGAAGAAUCAAGAAUGUAGAGGCAAAUCUCCCUGGGAUGAGAAGUGUGGUCAACAAAGUGAUUUACAACAAUUGGUCUCUGGAGAAGACCAAAUACAACAUCAAAGAUCUCAAAUCUGAAAUGAAGAUCUGGCAGAAGAUCUUUAUCUAUUGUAUCCAUCCCAGAACCGGUGGAACUGAUUACUUAAAUGCAACUCAGAAGGUAAUCAUGGAACAUAUUUCCAAUUAUAAACCUGUAUGCUUGCCAUUCCUGCUCUUUAACUAUUUGAAGGACUGUGUGAAGAAAUCAAGAACUAUUGCAUCUGACAACAAAAGGCUGAUUUCCUACAUUCCUUAUGGAAGACUGCUUUCUGACAUUUUCACUCAGAAUCAACUUGUGAAGACACUCACUGAACUAAAUCUUCAUGAUGAUCUGACCAUGACCAUUGGAGAUUCUCUCAAUGCAACCAAGUUGAAGAAAAUGCAGAUUGUCAAGACCAUUAAGAAGGAACCAAUGGAGGACACCUCUGAGCAAGUGCGUCAGAGGAACUACCCUGUAGAUGAUUUCCCCUUAUGGUCUAAGAAGGAUAAUCCUGAGAGUAUUAUGGAAUACGUCAGGAUGCUCAGGAGUGAAGGGGAUACCAUUACCUUUGAUGAAUUUGUUGAGAAGCUUCCUGAUAGCUCUCCGGAUCUGUCUGCCAGAUACUCAAGGAAAGCAACAAGCAGCAAGACAUCAGAUCCCAAAGGGAAAGGGAUUUUGAUUGAAGAAUCCAAGAGAAAAAGGGUUGCUUCUAAAUCAGUGGUUAUUAGGGAACCGAUUCCUGAAGCCUCACCUUCUCCUGAAAUCUCUCCUGAAAGAAUUGCUGAGGAAUCCUCCACAACAUCUGACUCUGAAAGCACUGAGGAUUCAAUGGAAGAAUUCAUGAAUGAAGAAACUGAGAAUGGUAAUGUUCCUGUGGCCAAGAGGAUAAAAGUUGUAUUUGAUGAGGAAUCUGAACAAGACAUCAGGGAGUCUUAUGCUUUGGAGCAGACUUCUGAAAUUGCUUCAGAUGCUAGAAGGGAAAGGAGAUCCAAGCAUGCCUCUGACCCUGCAAGGGAUCUCACCAGUUCAACCUCACUCAGAAAUAAUGCUAAGGUAACCACUAAAAGUACCAAUCUUGAUUCUGCCUUAGUGAUUAUGCCUGAUCAGCCCAUUCCCUUAUCCACCUCAAUGCCUACGCAAACACAAACUGCCCCCACUAAAUCACAUUCUCAACCUCAAACACAAGCCACCACUGUUCCAGUCUUCAACUCGUUCAUUCAAGGUAUUGCCCAGAAUGAGGCUACCUUAAAGAAACUGGUUGAUCAAUUCUCAACCAAGCCCCUAUCAACCUCUGAAACCAUAAUCUUAACCCUUACUGGUGAAGUACCUACAGAGGAAGAAGCUAUUGAAGAAGAUGAUGUUCAGAUUCUCAGGCCUCCAUAUGAUGUGCAACCUCUUAGGCAAGUAGCAUCUAACAUUGAGGAUCAGAUUCCAGAUGCAGUUGGAGAAUCCUCUACUUCAAGGCAAAGCCAAGUGCCACUCUCUGAACACCUGGAUGAAACUGUUCAAUCAGAAGCUGAGAUGCCUCUAGUGAAUGCUUCAGAACAACAAAUUGCUGGAAGCUCAAGCACUUCAGGACCAGAUGCAGUCAAUCCUGAGCCCACUCUGACACUGGCAACCUCAGUCAGACCUCAGGACCUCAUGCAACUCAUUAAGGAGUUCUCUGAAGAAGCUACCAGAAGACUACAAUGGUUAUAUCAGGUAACAGACAAUCAGCUUAAUGCUUCUUUUGUUGAAAAUUUAUGGACUGCUUUUGAAUAUUGGUCAGAAGAGCAAGCCCUUGAGUUUCAGAGGCUGCUAGGGACUGAAAAGCGCCUCAGGGUUCAUGAUGCUAAUGCUAGAGCACAUGAGCAGAGAGUAAGAUUGCUGCGUAUGGUGUGUGAGCCAAUCAGAAGGGCCAUGGCUGAAAGAGCACCCAUUGUCUCUGAGCGUACCUCAGAAGAUGCUGAAAUGGCUUCAGCAGAGGUUGCAGAGGACGGCUCUGAAGGAAUAGUAAUCUUGGAAGAAUCAGAUGAAAAUGUUGUUGAGAAGCCAGUGCAAACUAAAGAGACAGAAGUUCCUACUUCUGAUCAAACUUCAGAAGUUCCUACUUCUGAACCAAUCUCAGAACCUUCUCCACUUCCAGAUGCUGCUGCUAUUGCUGCUCGUUUGAACAGAUUAGAAGAAAAUCAGCAAAGAAUGGUCCAGAUAGUUGAGCAACAAGGCAUUACUCAGACUGAGCAAGGACAGAGAAUAGAAUCCCUCAUGAAACUUCUGCUUGAGAAGCUUCAUUAA